AUGUGUACGGUGCAGGCAGUGCAGGAAGACCCCUGCAGCAGCUGCAGCAGCAGCAGCAGCAGCAACGGGAGGAGCCAAUGGACCCUUUGCCACUCUCCUUCCUCCCCUUGGUUGCAGACGUGGCAUUCAAAUUUCUGUAACCCUACAAGGGAGCAGCAGCAGCAGCAGGAAGAAGAAGAAAUGCAUGCGCAGCAGCAGCAGCAGCAGCAGUUGCAGCUGCAGCAGCAGCUGCUGCUGCAGCAGCAGCAGCAGCAGCACGGCGGAAGUGGCAAUCAAUGCUUCAAGGUUCAACACAGCGCGCUGCAAUCUCGGCAGUUCCAAGAGCAGCAGCAGCAGCGGGACCAGCAGCAGCAGCAGCAGCAGCAGCAGCAGGAAUUGGUGCUGCAACAGUUGCAGCAGCAACAGCAUUUACACCACCCGCCCCUGCAUCAUCAUCAUCAUCAGCAGCAGGCGCAGCAGCAGCAUCUGCAGCAACAGCAACAGCAGCAGCAGCAGCAGAUGCUUGUCUCUGCAGCCGCUGGACCUGCUACUCGCAGGAAGGCCCCAUACUUUAGUGGGCCAGCAGCAGCAGCAGCUGCAGCAGCAGCAGCUGCUGCUGCUGCUGCACCUGGAGAUGCUGCCUUUUUCUUACCUGAUGGCAGAUCUCCUCGUGGGAAUAUGAAGCAGCAGAAGACGUCGCAGCAGCAACAGCAGCAGCAACAGCAGCAGCAGCAGCAGUAUCCUGCAGCUGCUGCUUCUGCUGCACCAUGGCAGAAGGAAGUGGGCCCUUUUGCAGAAGACAACACGCAGCAGCAAAGGGAGGCCCCCUUGGGUACCAAUAGUUGGUGGAGGCCCCCAAGAGAGGGUACAGCUACUGUUAAGGGAGAGAGACAGGAGACAGCAGCAACAGCAGCAGCAGCAGGAAGUCCUUCAGCUGCUGCUGCUGCUACAAGGAGGGCGAGUACAAGUCAGAAGCAGCAGGUAGGAUGA